AAACCUUACCGCUGCUGAAAUUCGGCCAUUUUCUAUAGGCGACAUCCCACUUAAUUUGAAAACAUCUAUCAGAAAGGAUCAGACAGUAACAGAUGUCAUCCGAGAUUCUGAAUGAUCAGGGAUAUUGCUUUACCAUGCCAUCAGAGAAGGCUGCCUUGUGUAAAACCAUUAUUGUUGAAAGCAAAAAUUUAAUAUUGUACCUUGAAUUGAAGACCAUUGCGUUUUAUAAUUAUCUAAGUGACAUAAUUACUGCAAUUGCAUGAUAUGCAUAACAACUGAGGAAGCAAGGGAUGGAGGCUUAGCUCUGGGGGAUUGUAGCCCAAUUGUUUUUGUCUGUACCUAAUAGGAUAUGCUUUUGUUGUUGUUGUUUUGCUGCAAUGAUUUGGAAAUGUUAGAUGUUAGUUGUUGGAGAAACCAUUGUCUUGGGGCAUGUUUUAAAACGGUCCUUGGCCCAGAAUCCCUUAGUUUGGAUGCUGCUGCUGAAAUAACCUGCCAAGAGAAUUUCAAGUGUUGUCUGCAAGGGCACGAUCCUGUCUUGGUUUCCUAGUCCAGAGCACAGAUCUAGAUCUCAUCUGACUGAGGAGACAAUCCCUCCACCAGCACCAUGCCCAUUAUCAGCAAUGCCAACAGGGACUUCAGCAACCUCUCUGUCAGCACAGACGACAGCAGCCUCGACCGCUUCUUCACCGAGAUUCCAGAGACCGAGAGCGUCAAAGGGGUCUACUACAAGCGGGCCCAGUUCCUCCGGGAGCCUGAGGCCCUUGGCAAAGUGGACCACGAGCAGCUGGCCCUGAUCAACGUGGGGGGUGACCGCUACGCUUUCCCCUGGAGCACGCUGGACGAGUUCCCGCUGACGCGGCUGGGCCAGCUGCGCUUCUGCCGCAGCCGCAGCGACAUCUGCCGCCUGUGCGACGACUAUGACGAGGCGCAGCGCGAGUACUUCUUCGACCGCAGCUCGGCGGCGUUCCGCAUCAUCCUCAACUUCCUGGCGGCGGGGCGCCUGCGACUGCUCCGCGAGGCGUGCGUCACGUCGCUCUGGGACGAGCUCAACUACUGGGGAGUGGACCCGUGCAACAUGGAACGCUGCUGCCGCCGCCGCAUGAUGACCCACGUGGAGGAGACGGCCGAGCGCAGCCGCCGCGACGAGGAACUGCGGCAGCGCCGACUGGCCCUGUUGCAGCGUCCCCUAGAGGAAAAGGGCUGCCGCAGGGUGAUGUCCAUGCUGCGGGACAUGGUGGAGAACCCAGAGUCGGGCUGGCUGGGCAAGGCCUUCGCUGUCUUCUCCGUGGUGAUGAUCACUGUGACCGUCAUCAGCCUGUGCAUCAGCACCAUGCCUGACCUCAGAGAGGAGGAGAGGAGGGGUGAGUGCUCUCAGAAAUGUCAGCACAUGUUUAUAAUAGAGACCAUCUGUGUGGUCUGGUUCUCGCUCGAGUUUGUGCUCCGCUUCGUCCAAGCACGCAGCAAGCUGGCCUUUGCCCGCGGGCCGCUUAACAUCAUCGACGUUGUGGCCAUCCUCCCGUACUACAUCUCUCUGAUUGUGGACGAGAGAGACAAGGCGGAGGACGAGGUGGUCAGCGGCGGGGGCGGCCGUGGCUACCUGGACAAGCUGAGCCUCAUCCUGCGCGUGCUGCGCGCGCUGCGCAUCCUCUACGUGAUGCGGCUGGCGCGCCACUCGCUGGGCCUGCAGACGCUGGGCCUGACCAUGCAGCGGAGCACGCGGGAGUUCGGCCUGCUGCUGUGCUUCCUGUGCGUGGCCGUGACACUUUUCUCGCCGCUCGUGCACCUGGCUGAGAGCGAGCUGGGCUCGGCGCCCACCACCUCCACGGCGGGCAUGGGCGCCCAGAGCUUCACCAGCAUCCCCGCCACCUACUGGUGGGCCAUCAUCUCCAUGACGACGGUGGGCUACGGCGACAUGGUGCCCAACAGCAUCCCUGGCCAGCUAGUGGCGUUCAGCAGCAUUGUCAGCGGCAUCCUCAUCAUGGCCUUCCCCGCCACCUCCAUCUUCCACCGUUUCUCCCGUUCCUACCAGGAGCUCAAGCAGGAGCACGAGCUCAUGUACAAGGCCGAGCUGAAGGAGGAGCGCAUCGCCAACCUGGCGGCCCUAGCCUCCGAAGACGCGCUGAGAGCGGGCGGGAGGCCUCUUCUGUUCCCGGAGCGGGUGUGUGAAGACAAUGCUGUGAAGAACUGGGACAGUGGGAAGGCCUCACAUGAGUAUCAGCCACUUACACCAAGCUCCGGAAAUUGUUAUUCUUACUUUUAAUAUAUUCUGCCGUGUCUGUCACAUUUUAGCAUGUGAUUUUAUACAUGUAUGGCUUUGAUGGAGAUGUAGUUUGAUGGACAUUUGUUGAUCAACAAAUGAGUAUUCCAAGCUGACCUUUAUCUGGAUAUUGAUCUGACCCGUUUCACCCUUAAGGUCUUGUGUUUGAGUGCAGAAAUACUGUAUUAACAUCGACAGCAUGUAUACUCGUACUUUAGUAUUGUUUGGUAUUUGCAGUACGGAGUGGUGACUGAUUGGUGGAAAGUAGUUUAAAAUUGGUCUGUUUUUUGUUUUUAUUGCUAUUUCAGAAUAAUACACUUUGCAUGUUUUAUUGCUUGUGUGUUUAAGAAUAUAUUUUCUGAAUACAAUGUAAUAUAAUAUUCUGAAUAUAAUGAUGUCAUAUUAUAUAAAAUUCAAUUAACUGUGGAGGUGCGAUGAGCACAAUCAAAACAGGUAAAAAGCUUGAGGGUAUUUUUUAGCUUGUGGACAUUUCUUCCCUAGUUAAGUAAGCACAGUGUUUUCAGAGAUUGCAUCAUCACUGAUUUAAACUGUUACAUAAAGACAACUGUGCUAUUUUGAACAUUUUAGCGCUGAAUGAAAAAUUGUGGUUAUGAAAAAACAAUUUAACCUUCAGACAAUUUUAGAGUAGUGUGGAAAAGCUGAAAUGUAUUAUAUUGAUACAGGUCUCUCUCCACUUCGCAUGUCAGACUGUGUCAUAGCAACAUGGAAAGAUGCAGAGCCUUUAAGGUGCUUUUCCUCUCAAGGGCCUGCUCUAUGGUAACUGAACGUGAAGCAGAGAAGGUCUCAGGUGUAUCUGCACAGGAGCUUGUUUUUGAAUUUUUGUUUUCUAAAUAAAUGUUUAGUGGGACACUUCUGUGAAA